UCAUACAUCCCCAGGCCUGGGCCAGUCACAACAUCUACUGACUGCCGGACAGCAACAAUACUUUUACAAAGUUUUGUUUUAAAGUUUGGGGGGAACCCCCAAAAAUCUAGAACAUUACAAUAAAGAGUCAGUGGGAGAGAUGAGAAUGCAGCUGGGAAGAGUUCCCUUGUUCCUUUCCCUCCUCGUCUUCCAGCAAUCUGUUUCAGCUCAAGCAGCAGUUUCUGCGGAACAGAAUCAGGCCAGAAUCCAGAAAUGGGAGCAGGUUCGGAGGGGGACUCGGAAACCAGGUUACAAUGAAGUUCAGCACCUGAACCCAGAUGUGACGGAGUGGACGUCCUGGUUCAAUAUCGAUCACCCCGGUGGGAACGGAGACUUUGAGCGUUUGGAGGCCAUCCGCUUUUAUUACCGGGAACGGGUGUGCGCCCGGCCACGGUCUAUUGAGGCCCGCACAACGGAAUGGGUGAAGGCAGAACAAACUGGCGAGGUUGUCCAUUACAGCCCAGACAAGGGCUUCUGGUGCAUCAACAAAGAGCAGCCAGAGGGCAGGAUCUGCUCCAAUUAUCACAUCCGCUUUCAAUGUCCUGUGGUUCAAGCCUAUUGGUCAAACUGGUCAGCGUGGAGCUCGUGCUCAGUGACCGCGUGCGGUCAUUCGGGGAUCCAAGCUCGCCAGCGCACCUGCACAAACAACAUGCGGUUCCGUUUCAUCAUGGCUCCGAAAUGCAAGGGCAAGGCCAUUGAGCGGCGAGACUGCAGCACCGAACCCUGUCGGGAGGCUCAUUGGACAGACUGGGGCCCGUGGAGCACGUGUUCGGUCUCGUGUGGAACAGGUCACAUCCUGCGUCGCCGAAGCUGUGUCCAAACCCCAGAAAGGACGACUUGCAUUGGCCGGCCAGUUGAAGUCCAGAAGUGCAGCCACACUCCUUGUGCAGUCUGCCAGCACGUGUGUACAGUGGGACACGUCAAUGAAGAGUGUAAUGGCUGUGUCUGUGACCGACAUGUUUUACUGGGCAUGGUGCAUUCAGCAAAUGGAGUCCCCAUCAGCCGGAGUCGGAUAGCGAUGGAGGAUCAGCCCCAUCUGACAGUCGCCAUGAGCAACAAAAGCGGCUUUUUCAAGAUCCCUGGCAUUUGCGCCGACAGUAGGACCCGUCUCCUGGUCGAAAGUGCAAAGUUUGCCCCCUCUGUCUUUCAAGCAGUUCAGAACGGAACAGAGUCGUCAGUGGUGAAGGCAGUUCUUGAGAGAGCUGAAAAGCCCUACCUUGUGAAACACCCCGAGACAAAGGUACGAUUUGAAGGUGAGCGGGUGUCCUUCUGUUGCAAGGCCACUGGAUCUCCAUCUCCACUUCAAUAUGUGUGGUAUCACAACGGCACCCUGCUGGACACUAAGAAUGAAGAAACCCUAUUGCUGAAGGACUUGCAGAGCUGGCAGGGAGGGCAAUACCAGUGCAAAGUUUCCAAUGGCAUCAGCUCCAUCAAAUCAGUUCCAGCGACUCUCACAGUUAUAGCCAAAGGGCGGCCAAAUUGCAAGUCACAACCACUGCAGCAUUUCGUCAAACUGCCGGAAAACUGCUUCCAGAAAGCAACCAAAUCCUUUUACUACAACGUCGGGAAGUGCCCGAACAGUGGGUGUGCAGGCAACCUGAACUUUGAUCUGCGUUGCAAGGACAGCACAAGGUAUUGCUGUGGAGUGAAGCGUAUGAAGGAUGUGGAGAUUGCGUGUGAGGGAUACACCCUUCCUGUCAAGGUGGUAGCAAGCUGCAGCUGCAAGAAGUGCCUGGAGCCCAAGGUAUUGAUCAGAGGGAGGGCAGUGGCAGCAGAUAACGGUGAGCCACUGCGUUUUGGACAGAUCUUUGUGGGUAAUGAGAGAGUUGGCCUAACAGGCUACAAGGGGACCUUCACUAUACAGGUCCCUCAAGAAACAGAAAGGCUUGUUGUCCAGUUUAUCGACAAGUCAAACAAAUUUGUUGACACUGUUAAAGUCUUUCCCUUUGACCGAAAGAGCGGGGCUGUGUACUUUGAAGUUAAGUUAUUGAGGAAAUCCAAGCCAAUUGAGAUUGACUCCACCAAAGGUAUCACCAUUCCAUUGGGAGAAAUGGAAGGUGAAGACACGAUUGGAAAGCUGGAAAUUGCACCCAAUUCCUUUCGCAGAAGCAAUGGGGAAAGUUACCAAGGGAAGGUCAAAGCCAGUGUGACGUUUCUGGACCCGAGGAACAUCACUCUCGCCAUGACUGCAUCGAGCGACCUGAGCUUUGUUGAUGAAGAGGGAGACAUCCUGCCUCUGAGGACCUACGGCAUGUUCUCGGCAGAUUUCCGGGAGGAGUUAUCGAACGAGGCCCUCGAAGCGUCCAGCGUCAAGGUCUACCUCGACACCAACAGUGUCAAGAUGCCAGAGCACGUGGAGAAGAUGAAGCUGUGGUCCUUGAACCCGGACACCGGCUUCUGGGAGGAAGAGAGUCUUUUCCACGUCGAGAAGAGAAAGCGCAACAAACGCGAGGAGAGGACAUUCCUGAUCGGUAACAUGGAGAUCCGGGAACGCCGGCUUUUCAACCUGGAUGUCCCGGAAGGCAGGCGCUGCUAUGUAAAAGUUAGGGCCUACAUGAGUGAGAAGUUUUUGCCCAGUGAGCAGCUGGAGGGAGUGGUGGUAACUCUGAUCAAUCUGGAGCCUUUACCGGGCUACACGGCCAAUCCACGGGCAUGGGGCCGCUUUGAUAGUGUGAUAACAGGGCCUAACGGGGCCUGCCUGCCCGCUUUCUGUGAUGCGGUCAGGCCGGAUGCUUACACGGCCUAUGUCACAGCCACCUUAGGAGCAGAGGAGCUAGAAGCCGCUGCCUCGAGCCCAAAAAUGAACCCCAACAUCAUUGGGGUGUCUCAGCCCUUCCUGGGGAAGCUGGACUACAGGAGGACGGACCAUGAGGAUGAGCAGCUGAAGAAAACUGCUUUCAAAAUUAAUCUUGCAAAGCCCAACGCGAACAACAUCGAUGAGACCAAUGGGCCGAUAUAUGCCUACCAAGAUGUAAGGGAGUGCGAAGAAGCCCCGAUCUCGGCCAAUCAUUUCAGGUUCUACAAAGUGGAGAAGGACAAAUACGAGUACAAUGUGGUUCCUUUUGAGGAGAAUGACUUGACCAGUUGGACGGGGAACUACCUCUCCUGGUGGCCCAAUCCUCAGGAGUUCAGGGCUUGCUACAUCAAAGUUAAAAUCAACGGGCCGCUGGAGGUCAUGGUGAGGUCACGCAAUGCUGGGGGUACUCACUCUGAGACGGCGGGUCAGCUGUAUGGUAUCCGGGAUGCCCGCAGUGUCCGCGAUAUGACCAACCACAACGUGUCAGCUGCGUGCCUGGAGUUCAAAUGCGGGGGCAUGCUGUUUGACCAAAGCUCAGUUGACCGCACUCUGGUGACCGUGAUCCCCCAGGGCAGCUGCCGGCGGACGGGGAUCAAUACCCUGCUGCAGGAGUACCUUCGGCGACACCCCCCCUCGGCCAUCAACAACGAAACGUCAGCUUUCAGCAUGCUCGCCCCUGUGGACCCGCUGGGCCACAACUAUGGCAUCUACACGGUCACCGAUCAGAACCCCAGGCUGGCCAAGGAGAUUGCCAUUGGCCGCUGCUUUGACGGUACCUCAGAUGGCUUCUCCCGAGAAAUGAAGGUGGACGUGGGAAACGCCUUGACCUUCAGCUGCCAGGAGAAGCUGGUGACUCACCAGAGCCUCUUCCAGCGGCUGCAGAGCUCUCCGGCUGAGACCCUGACGGAGAUUGGGGCGGAAAUGAGGAGGCAGACGCUAAUGCGACCCGCUCAGUCCCGGAUUGUAGCCUAUCCCUCAGGUCAAAGGAGUCGCAGGGCCCGGGUUCCCAGCCGGAACAUGAGAAGGAGUGAACUGCCCAGACAGUAGAUUGGAAUGGACUCUUCCUGAUCCUGAAGUGAGAGGUAUAUAUUAAAAUCUGUAUAUAGGGAACUCAACAGUCAUAUUCUUGUUUACUAAGGGAAAUCUUUUUUGGUCAACAUGUGAGGAAUUCUUCAGCACCAAAUAUAAUCCUUCAAGGUCAGGCUCAGCUAUGUUUAUUGCACAUUCUGUUUGAGGCACUUUAAUGUAUUGGACUUUCACCUCUGGGAUUCAGAACGGAAUUCACAUCAAACUGAUGGAUGGAGGUUCCUGCUCCAUAUUGCUCACAGAUCAACUGAAGAAGGUGGGCAUAGGGUACUCCCAGGCAGUCCCUGGCAGAGUUGGGCUUGGAGCGCCAAAUUCUCCAGGAUUUGGCCCACACUGACACUGACUCUCAGAGUUCCAGAAGGUGUCAGGGAGGGGUGCAGGUCGUCUGAUGCUAUUGUUCAAACAACACAUCGUGACCAGAGUGGUCAUCAUGGGGCUCUGCUGACCAUGCUGUUCAAAGCAUCCGAUCAUCGCAACAGUGGAUGCACUUGUUGUAGAAACUCAGCUGAAACAAGUCUUCGAUGUUGUCUUGCUGUUUCGUUCAUGGGGUGAUCUCUUGCUGUUUGUGUAUUUAUGCUUCCUGUGUUAAUAAGCUGCCUACAUAGAGAACAUGACUGGAGAACUCCAUUUGUCUUCCUUUGCUAUUGUAUGAGUUCCAUUAUUUUUCUGGCCUCAUUUCAGCAAUGCUUUGUUUGCUUUUUUCUCCAUCGCCAUACCCUUAGGAACCUCUGUCAACAAUUUAGAAGCAAUUUUCUUUCUCUCUCCCAAAGCUCCAAGCUCAGAACCCACUUCAGACCAGACACAGAUUCUCAUCUCAAAACUCAAGCUAAUAGUCAUUGGAAUGUUGUUCUGUUUUAUAAAAACACUUUUUUUUGGGCUUGGCCAACCCUUUUUGUUUUGGAUUUAUGAACUUUUAACAUUGAAUGUUCCUGCUUUCUAGAGUAGCAUCGUGUUUAAACUGGCUUCCGUUUACUUUGAUGUUAUGAAAGUGACAAAGACCAGGAUAUUCUAGUCUGCAAUGUCACGCUAAAUGGAAGCAGGUUGGAUAAAGUAAAGGAUGCCUUAGUAAAUGGUAGUCUAGUGCAGUGGCUGUUUCAUUAAACGAGUAAUUCGCCUGGCAAGAGUUCAAAUCCCCACUAUGGAAAUUCGAGGUCUUGAACUCAGUUUUAUUUUUUAGUGUGGUAAGAAAAAUCUGAUCAUCAAUCUAUGAAAAACUUCUUAAAACUCAACUUGAUCACCAAUGGAUUUAUAAGAAUGAGGUAGCCAUCUUUACCUGCUCUGGGUUUGUUUGAUUUUAAUCUCACAGCAUUAGGCGAGUGGCUGGAGGUGAGGAAGAGGAGGGAAGCAAUCAAUUUUGGACACAUGAGGAAGUAGCCUUUUUGAAUUUUACAAGGUGCAAUGGUAAAACUGUUCAGCAUUCUGUUUAGGAAAUAAUCCAAUUUAGUUUAACAUGUUUUUAUGGGAGCAGAGAGACCAGUAUAAAACAGAAAUGUGCACAUGACAGCUCCUUUAUAUUGGAAACUCCUACUUUCUACCCAGAAAGUUGACUACCCAUUAAGCGUAAUCGCAAAUCUAAUUGCAGGACAGUAACACAAGUGAAACUCAGUCAGUUAAUCAGAGAGGAUGUUUCCUAAUGUGGAAAUGAGAGAUUGGAACUCUCUGAUGGAGAUUGAUCAAUAACUCUAAUCUCAUUGUAUCACGCAGCUAUCAGGAUGAUAGAAGGUGAACCAGAUAGAGUUUGCUCUUUUAUUGCCAAGCAAUUCCUUCAUUCCAGUCCACCUUCUACCAGUGAAAUUCCAGGAUUCAAAAGCUGGUAAAAAAUGCAGUGACCAUGAAGUGGUUAAAUUGUUGUUCCCCAGCCUCCCUUUUAGGGAAUGAAAGGUGACAUCCAUAGCUGUCUGACCUCUAACACCACACUAACAUGAUUAACUCACAACUGCUUUCUCAAGUAGUCCAGCUAGAUUUGUAUCAAAUCACAUCAAAAACUUACAUUUAUAUAGCACCUUUUAAUGCUGUACAACAUCCCUGGGCACGUCACAAGAGAUUUAGAAAACAAAAUUUGAUAGCAUGGCACUUUCAGACAUUUCAGGGCAAAUGACCAAAAGCUGGCUCAAAGAAGCGUGCCUUAAGGAAUGUCUUAAAGGAGCAGACAGAGGUUUGGAAUAAUUUAGGAAAGGAAUUCCAGAACUUAGGGCCCUCAAAGCAGAAUGUCUGGCUGCCAAUGAGGGAGGGCUGGAUGCGAGAGAAAUACGAGAUCUGGUAGAAUUGUCAGGCUGGAGAGGGAGGGAUAACUUUAAUUGGGGUCUUGAGGUUGGGCAAAUCACACAGUGAUGCUCAUAUGAUUAGAUUAGAUUAAAAUCCCUACAGAAUGGAAACAGACCCUUCAACCCAACACAUUCAUACCGAACCCUCCGAAGAGUAACCUACCCACACCCAUUACCCUAUCUUCUAUUACCCCCCCUGACUAAUGCACCUAACACUAUGGGCAAUUUAGCAUGGCCAAUUCACCUGACCUGCACACCUUUGGA